AUGGCUCGCUAUCAACUUCGACGACCAUCGCCGGUCAAGAUCUUCCCAAGACGCGUUCGUCGCGACGAUCCUAUCGCGAGUACGAUGCCUGUCGCUGCGGGCGAGGAGGAGGAAGGCCCAGAGAGUCCAGACUCACCAUUCAGCAGCCCAUCUACAGUCGGCGGUGACAUAUCGGAGAGCGAGGACUCGGAAUCCGAAGACGAGGAGGAGCCACCUUCGCCAGUACAGAGCGGUGCUACAGCGACAUCCACGGGAAGGCCCGUCCAAACCCUCGGACCCGAUCCAACUGCCGCUCCGUCAAUGCCAACAUCAUCAGGAGAGAGUGAUGCUACGACUACGUCUGUACCUUCAUUCACCUUCGGCGGCCCUUCUGGUGGUAACAACGCAGCACAACCUCAGAUCACUGGCGAAACCACCUUGUCUACCGCCGUUCGCCCUACCAUAACGUCAACAAUCGUCAAGGAAGUCAUGCCAACAGGGAACCCGGAGCGAUCUUCGAUGCCUCCGAUAUCUCUUACUUCGCCGCCCCAAAACACAGCCGAGCCAGAACUUGACGGAAACGCCGGUCCCCAGAGGCUGCCACAACGAGAACAAGAGCCUAUCAUGACUAAAGAGGCCAUGACUGCAGCAAUUGUCCUUGGCGUACUUGGUGCAUUAGCGCUGUUAGUUGCCGGAUUCGUCUUCAUCAAGCGCCGGAAGCGGAGGCACAGUUACAUUGACAAGGGUCCGCCGUUUGAGACGUUCAAUCCAUACGCGAACGAUCACGUCCCACCCCCGGAGACUGCACAUGUAGGCGACGCGUCUUCGAUCUUCGCGCGCCUCAAUGGCGGAAAUGCUGGCGGAGCAACCGCUCAUCUCACCCGCUCUACCGAUCGCAGCAACACUCUUUUCGGUCCAGGUCCAUACUCCCGCCCCGAAACCGUAUCCACAGAACGCUCUACCCGUGUACCACCAACGCCAAAUCCUUUCGCAGAUCCACCUCUCAACAAAGCGUACGAUGUGUUGAACAACAGGCCCAGAAGCACAACGCUCACGGAUCGCGGAAGUUGGCAGCAAAAUCCUUUCAAGAACCCCGAGAGCGAGCGAUUCGAUCCGUUCGGAGAGUUGAAGGAGAAGGCUAGGAGGGAGAGGUUACGGUAUGUGGAAGACGCGAGACGAGAAGCUGAAUUGAGGAAGCAGAUGGAGCAGAAAGAAGCUAUGGGACUUAGACCGGAUGGUAUACCGUGGAGCGGUGAGGCUGGGUAUAGGUGA